GCUUAUUGUCUCAAACACCGAUACCGGCAAUUCAAUCUUCUCCUCACUCAGUUCUAUCCCAGACAAUCCAACAUGCCUCAGUACAGCAACGGCCAAGCUAUCCGCUACAAGCCCGUCGGCGGCCCCAACUCCAACACUUCCGAGAGUGUCGGCACGAUCAAGUCCGUCUUGACCGAGCCCGGCAUGCAGGCAGACCGCAACGUCGAUGCCAGCGAGGAGAACCCCCGCUAUGAGGUCGAGAACCAGAACACGGGCAAGCUGACCAGCAUCUACGAGAAGAACAUUUUGGGCAGUGCGUGAGAUGAUGAUGUCGAUGUAUUAUGUGGGAUAUGAGGCUUUACGUCAAUGAUGUAAUGUUAUGAUGCGAUAGGAUAAGAUAAUG